UUACAAAUUCCAGGCAAGACCCUCCACCAGCAGAAAGAUUACGACUUGCUUUAUUGUGAGGUUGCUUUAUUGUGGUAGUCUGGAACUGAACCCACAGUAUCUCUGAGAAAGGACUCACACCAGCUGUCCCAGUUCAUACCAAUAAAGAAGAUACAGAUACCCAAACUAAUUUGGGGUUUAUCCAUGCAUUUGUUGCUGCCAUAUCAGUUAUCAUUGUAUCUGAACUGGGUGAUAAGACAUUUUUUAUAGCAGCCAUUAUGGCAAUGCGCUAUAACCGUUUGACAGUGUUGGCUGGUGCUAUGCUUGCCUUGGGCUUGAUGACGUGCUUAUCAGUUUUGUUUGGCUAUGCCACCACAGUCAUCCCCAGGGUGUAUACCUACUAUGUUUCAACCGCAUUAUUUGCCAUUUUUGGCAUUCGAAUGCUCCGGGAAGGCUUAAAGAUGAGUCCAGAUGAAGGUCAAGAGGAACUGGAAGAAGUUCAAGCAGAAUUAAAGAAAAAAGAUGAAGAAUUUCAACGAACCAAACUCUUAAAUGGACCAGGAGAUGUUGAAACUGGUACAAGCACGAUACCUCAGAAAAAGUGGCUGCAUUUUAUUUCACCCAUCUUUGUACAAGCACUUACGUUAACAUUCUUAGCAGAGUGGGGCGAUCGCUCUCAACUAACUACCAUUGUUUUGGCAGCUAGAGAGGACCCCUAUGGUGUAGCUGUGGGAGGGACAGUGGGACACUGCUUAUGCACUGGAUUGGCUGUAAUUGGAGGAAGAAUGAUAGCACAAAAAAUCUCUGUCAGAACUGUGACAAUCAUAGGAGGCAUCGUAUUUUUGGCGUUCGCGUUUUCUGCACUAUUUAUAAGUCCUGAUUCUGGUUUUUAAGAAGCUCUUUAUUCAUGUAACUCUUUGUGUUUAUGUACAUAGUGUACAUUGAAACUAAAGUGAUGGAAAAUACUGUAUUUUGUAGCAAUGAGUUAUGAUGUCCAAAAGAAAUAAUCAUUGAUUCUAUUUGCAACAUGGAUUUUUAAAAGAAACCUGACAUCUAAUGUGGAUUUUUCUCUUCUCCAGGAUAAUCAUGUUGAUAUGGUCUUUGUUUUAAAGACCUUUUUUGCUUUUGGUGUGGGGGGCAGUAUAUACAGAACCAUUGUGCAGUGGGGUCUACCAUUUGAGUUUCUUUUUCAGCACUGACUAGUUUAUAAGGAACACAUACCUUUUUUUUUCCCUGAAUCACUGAGGUGCUUUAAGAUGUUUAUCUUAGAAUUUUUCCUUCAUGCCAGUAAGCAGCCAUUUAAUCCUAAGUCUUUCCAAAAUUAGGUUGUUUAAAGAAGAAAUAAAAAGUGUACUAGUUAGUCAACUCUUCCACAAGUUCCAUAUCCAGUAAUUCAACCACUGAUCAAAAAUACUUGAAAAAAUGUUACACUGUUGCUGAUGUAUAUUCUGUUGUUAGGCCUACAAUGAAUGGUUGUGUCUGUACUGAAUAUGUACAGACUUUUCCUGUCAUUAUUCCUUGAAUAUAUCAUUUACAUAACCUUUAUAUUGUAUGAGGUAUUAUGAUUAUAAGUAAAUAUGAGUAGGUUACAUGAAAAUACUCCACCAUUUUGUAUAAAAGACUUGAGUGUCCUUGGGUUGAGGGGAGGGGUCCUGGUACCCCCUCAAUACCAAAGGACAGCUGUAUUGUUAUAUCAAUAAUAUGACAAGAAUUGUUUGCCAGGCCAUUCUUACUUUUUAAAAAAUUGGGUGGGAAACCCAAUAUAAGAGAGUCAAUAUUUGACAAUGUGGAAUUACCAAAUUAAAGGAGAAUACAAUGAGUGUAUUCGUAUUUUUUCUAUAUUGAAUAAGCAGUGUAACAGAUACAAUGUAAAUAAAAGUGGUACGACCAGUG